AGAGAGAGAGAGAGAGAGAGAGAGAGAGAGAGAGAACAGUUUCCGUUGUCUCAGAGGUUGAAGGAUCAAUAGAGAGGCUUGUUGUGGCGGUUGUGAUUCUGUUCCAUCUGUGUGUCGGAGCUGCAUGGUGUUAGAAGGAGGAAUCCUAGUUCCCACAGACCUAUUCCAGCAUGCUCACAGACCCUGAGCUACCUCAGGAGUUUAACAGGAUGUCUUCCAAGCGACCAAUCUCUCCAUAUGGGGGGACAGAUGGAGAAGUAGUCAUGGCAACCAGCAGACAGAGACUGGAAGAGGAAGAGAGAGAUGACGGACAGGCUGUCAUGCACCUCCCCCUGACUCCCUACUGCAGCAAGGUGUCCCCCCUCUCUCCCCGCCCCCUGGACAGCCCCCCCACCCUGCACAGUGCCAUGGUAAAACAGCCCCUCAUUGUCUUCAUAUCAUUUAUUAACUGCUCUUAUUGGCUACUUGGCUUUGUUUCGACUCUUCUUAUUGGUCGUCUGGAUUUUAAAUCCUGCCACGCUGUUGAGUUGGAAGUUGGCACUUAAGGACAGAUCUUCGGAUCCGUUUGUCCUGAUCUCGACCAUAAGGGGGCUAAACGGAACAUAGCCGUUGACAGGAAGUGACAGUCCCCAGCUAUCAUCGACUGAGACAGAGUCAUUUAGCAUUGUGUUAAAGGACUGUUUAUUAGACUGUAAUUACAGAGAGUUGUAGUUAUGGCGUCCGGUUUUGAAGUAACACAUACUUCCAACAGAGGAAAUGAUAUCGGAGGGAAACUGGACACAAAAGAUGCUCUUAUGGUGUGAACUGCGUUUCCUUUUAGUUUUAGUGUGAAAGCCCAUGUUUGUGCUGUAUCGAGGCAUGGAGACGGCGAGGCAUGGAGACGCGGGACAUGUGUGACUGUCAAUGUGAGCCAUGUCAGUGAGUCAUGUUCUGCUGGGAAAAGGGUGACUGUGUGUGGUGACAGUAAAUGCAUAUCAUCAUUUCGAUGUGUAGUUUGGUGUGUGUGAUGUGUGUUUUAUGUAUACUGUGUAGAUCUGU